AGGGCCCAGGGUUAGGGUUAUUUUAGGGUCGGGGCCCAGGGUUGGGGUUGUUUUAGGGUCAGGGCCCAGGGCUAGGUUUGUUUUAGGGUCAGGGCCCAGGGUUAGGGUUGUUUUAGGGUCAGGCCCAGGGUUAUGCUUGUUUUAGGGUCAGGGCCCAGGGUUAGGGUUGUUUUAGGUUCAGGGCCAGGGCCCAGGGUUAGGGUUGUUUUAGGGUCAGGGCCAGGGCCCAGGGUUAGGGUUGUUUUAGGGUCAGGGCCAGGGCCCAGGGUUAGGGUUGUUUUAGGGUCAGGGCCCAGGGUUAGGGUUGUUUUAGGGUGAGGGCCCAGGUUUAGGUUUGUUUUAGUGUCAGGGCCCAGGGUUAGGGUUGUUUUAGGGUCAGGGCCCAGGAUUAUGUUUGUUUUAGGGUCAGGGCCCAGGGUUACGGUUGUUUCAGGGUCAGGGCCCAGGGUUAGGGUUGUUUUAGGGUCAGGGCCCAGGGUUAGGGUUGUUUUAGGGUCAGGGCCCAGGGUUAGGGUUGUUUUAGGGUCAGGUCCUGGGCCCAGGGUUAGGGUUGUUUUAGGGUCAGGGCCCAGGGUUAGGGUUAUUUUAGGGUCAGGGCCCAGGGUUAGGUUUGUUUUAGGGUCAGGGCACAGGGUUAGGGUUGUUUUAGGGUCAGGGCCAGGGUUAGGGUUGUUUUAGGGUCAGGGCGAGGGCCCAGGGUUAGAGUUGUUUUAGGGUCAGGGUCAGGGCCCAGGAUUAGGGUUGUUUUAAGGUCGGGGCCAGGGCCCAUGGUUAGGCUUGUUUUAGGAUCAGGGCCAGGGCCCAGGGUUAGGCUUGUUUUAGGGUCAGGGCCAGGGCCCAGGGUUAGGGUUGUUUUCGGGUCAGGGCCAGGGCCCAGGGUUAGGGUUGCUUUAGGGUCAGGGCCAUGGCCCAGGGUUAGGGUUGUUAUAGGGUCAGGGCCAGGGCCCAGGGUUAGGGUUGUUUUACGGUCGGGGCCCAGGGUUAGGGUUGUUUUAGGGUCGGCGCCCAGGGUUAGGUUUCUUUUAGGGUCGGGGCCCAGGGUUAGGGUUGUUUUAGGGUCGGGGCCCUGGGUUAGGCUUGUUUUACGGUCAGUUCCCAGGGUUAGGCUUGUUUUAUGGUCGGGGCCCAGGGUUAGGCUUGUUUUAGGGUCAGGGCCAGGGCCCAGGGUUAGGGUUGUUUUACGGUCAGGGCCAGGGCCGAAGGUUAGGGUUGUGUUUGGGUCGGGGCCAGGGCCCAGGGUUAGGGUUGUUUUAGGGUCAGGGCCAGGGCCCUGGGUUAGGUUUGUUUUUGGGUCAGGACCAGGGCCCAGGGUUAGGGUUGUUUUAGGGUCAGGGCCAAGGCCCAGGUGUAGGGUUGUUUUAGCUUCAGGGCCAGGGCCCACGGUUAGGCUUGUUUUAGGGUCAGGGCCAGGGCCCAGGUUUAGGGUUGUUUUUGGGUCAGGGUCAGCGCCCAGGGUUAGGUUUGUUUCAGAAUCAGGGCCAGGGCCCAGGGUUAGGGUUGUUUUAGGGUCAGGGCCAGGGCGCAGGGUUAGGGUUGUUUUAGUGUCAGGGGCAGGGCCCAGUGUUAGGGUUGUUUUAGGGUCAGGGCCAGGGCCCAGGGUUAGGGUUGUUUUAGGGUCAGGGCCAGGGCCCAGGAUUAGGGUUUUAGGCACAGCCCCAAGGCCCUGGGUUAGGGUUUUAGGCUCAGGGCCAGGGCCCAGGGUGAGGGUUUUAGGCUCAGGGCCCAGGGUUAGGGUUGUUUUAGGGUCAGGGCCCAGGGUUAGGGUUGGUUUAGGGUCAGGGCCCAGGGUUAGCGUGAUUUCCAGGAAGUGACCUCACAGUGACUCAAGCUACCACUUACUGUUGAUUGUGACACAAUGCCAGCUGAGGCACAUGCCUUGGGAGCUAAAUGGUUGUUGCCCUUGACUACUAUGAGGAGUGGUGUGGGAAGGGUCGCUUUGGAUGCACUUGAGCAGGGUUCCCCUACCCCUGAGCCAUAGAGCCGUAAGGAGCCACACAGCGGGUGAAUGGUGUCGAGUGAGGGAGUGAGGGAAGCUUCGUCUAUAUUUACAGCCACUCCCCUUUGCUCACAUUCCCGCCUGAGCUCCACCUUCUCAGAUGAGCAGCAGCAUUAGAUUCUCAUAGGAGAACGCACCCUGUUGUGAACCGUGCAUGUGAGGGAUCUAGGUUGCCCUGUUCUUAUGAGAAUCUAAUACCUAUUGAUCUGUCACUUUCUCCCAUCACGCUCAGGUGGGACCAUCCAGUUUCAGGAAAACAAGCUUAACACGCCCACUGAUUCUACAUUAUGCUCCUACCUCCCGGCAGCCUCGCCAGGCCCAGAACUCUCUCCAGUCAGCCUCUACAGACCAAGCUCAUGACUCACAAUGGCCUAUUGAGGCCCAUACCCUACCUCACGGCAGUCUCCGCAGAUGAGCCUACUGCCUCACAACAGCCUCCACAGGCACAGCUCCAUCGUUACAAUGGCCUCUUUAGACCCAGCUCCUGCCUCCCAGCCUUCUCUCCAGGCCCUGAACUUUCUCCGGUGUCCCUCUGUUGUGCAAGGCUGGAGGGUAGUAGUGCUAUCGCAGCUGACUGCAGCCUCAACCUUCCAGGCUGAAGCGAUCCUCCCAUCUCAACCUCCCACGUGGCUGAGACUACAGGUGCUUGCCUCUAUGCCCACCUAAUAUUUGGUAUUUUUGUAUACGUGGAUUCCAGAGGGGUGACAGCGAAACGUGAGUGGGACCAUCCAGUUUCAGGAAAACAAGCUUAACACACCCACUGAUUCUACAUUAUGCAGAUUCUUCAGGCCCAGCAUCUGCCUCACUGUGGACCCCCCAAGCCAAGCUCCCAACCUUUCAGCAGCUUCUACACACCCAGCUCCCGCCUGCCAGUGGCCUCUUCAGGCCCAUGGGGCUCAUUCCUCACAACAGCCUUUCCAGUCCCAGUUUUUCCCUUCCGGCGGCCUCUCCGGGCUGAGAACCUCCUCAAGUCGGCCUCUCCAGACCCACUUGCACCCUCCAGGCGUCCUCUCCGGGCCAAGCUCCUCUUCCUGGCUGCGUCUCCAGGCCUGACUCCUGCCUCUCAACAACCUCUUUGGACUCAGUGCCUACCCAUCUCCUGGCGUCCUUGGUCGGCCCACAGCUUCAUCAAGCCAAGCUCCCCAGGCCCAGGUCAGGCCUCACGGUGCCCCCUCCACGAUGAGCUCCUGCCCUCCAAUGGCACCUGCAGGCCCCAAAUGGUCUCCGGUCGGUGGGCUCCUCCACGCCAAGCUUGGGCCUCCCGGUGACCUCUGCAGGCCCAAGUUGUCCUGAAGUCGGCAUCUCCCGGCCGUGCCUCCCAGCAAGUAAGCAAGCUCUUUUGGCUCAACUCCUGCCCAGCUCCCAACCGCCUUUGUAGGUCCCGAACUUUCUCCAGCCAAGUUCUUUGGGCCUCAUUCCUGCCGCCCGGUGGCCUGUACGGGCCCAGCAAUGGUUGGAGAACGGCCUCUGCAGGUCCCGCUCUUGCCUCCCAGGGGCCUCUCCAGGCCCAGCUCUUGCCCUCACGGCGGCCACCCGGGGCCAAGUCCCUGCCUGCCUCCCAGCAGCCCUCAUGCGGCCCAGCUCCUCCCUCACGGUGGCCUGUUGAUGCCCAUGCCUCUGGUACCCUGCCCAGAGGCAUGAGCCCCUGCCACACACUGGCUCCUCCUAUGCUGAGAGAGGUCAGCGUGAGCCCUUGCCUCACACCGGCCCCUCCCACGCUGAGAGAGGUCAGCGUGAGCCCCUUGCCUCACACCGGCCCCUCCCACGCUGAGAGAGGUCGGCGUGAGCCCUUGCCUCACACCGGCCCCUCCCACGGUGAGAGAGGUCAGCGUCAGCCCCUUGCCUCACACCGGCCCCUCCCACGCUGAGAGAGGUCGGCGUGAGCCCUUGCCUCACACCGGCCCCUCCCACGGUGAGAGAGGUCAGCGUCAGCCCCUUGCCUCACACCGGCCCCUCCCACGCUGAGAGAGGUCGGCGUGAGCCCUUGCCUCACACCGGCCCCUCCCACGCUGAGAGAGGUCAACGUGAGCCCCUUGCCUCACACCGGCCCCUCCCACGGUGAGAGAGGUCAGUGUGAGCCCUUGCCUCACACCGGCCCCUCCCACGGUGAGAGAGGUCAGCAUCAGCCCCUUGCCUCACACGGGCCCCUCUCACUCUGACAGAGGUCAGCCUGAGCCCUUGUCUCACACCGGCCCCUCCCACGCUGAGAGAGGUCGGCGUGAGCCCUUGCCUCACACGGGCCCCUCUCACUCUGACAGAGGUCAGCCUGAGCCCUUGUCUCACACCGGCCCCUCCCACGCUGAGAGAGGUCAACGUGAGCCCCUUGCCUCACACCGGCCCCUCCCACGCUGAGAGAGGUCAACGUGAGCCCCUUGCCUCACACCGGCCCCUCCCACGCUGAGAGAGGUCAGCGUGAGCCCUUGCCUCACACCGGCCCCUCCCACGCUGAGAGAGGUCGGCAUGAGCCCCUUGCCUCACACGGGCCCCUCUCACUCUGACAGAGGUCAGCCUGAGCCCUUGUCUCACACCGGCCCCUCCCACGCUGAGAGAGGUCAGCCUGAGCCCUUGCCUCACACCGGCCUCUCCCACGCUGAGAGAGGUCAGCCUGAGCCCUUGCCUCACACCGGCCCCUCCCACGCUGAGAGAGGUCAGCCUGAGCCCUUGCCUCACCCCGGCCCCUCCCACGCUGAGAGAGGUCAGCGUGAGCCCUUGCCUCACACCGGCCCCUCCCACGCUGAGAGAAGUUGGCGUGAGCCCUUGCCUCACACCAGCCCCUCCCACGGUGAGAGAGGUCAGCGUCAGCCCCUUGCCUCACACUGGCCCCUCCCAUGCUGAGAGAGGUCGGCGUGAGCCCUUGCCUCACACCGGCCCCUCCCACGCUGAGAGAGGUCAGCGUGAGCCCCUUGCCUCACACCGGCCCCUCCCACGCUGAGAGAGGUCAGCGUGAGCCCUUGCCUCACACCGGCCCCUCCCACGCUGAGAGAGGUCAGCGUGAGCCCCUUGCCUCACCCUGGCCCCUCCCACGCUGAGAGAGGUCGGCGUGAGCCCUUGCCUCACACCGGCCCCUCCCACGGUGAGAGAGGUCAGCGUGAGCCCCUGCCUCAACAGGCCACCGUGAGGGAGGAGCAGGGUCGCACGCGGGCUGCUGUGAGGCAGGCAGCGACUUGGGCCUGGGAGGUCGUGGUGGGGUGAGAGCUGGGCUUGGAGACUCCCCUGGGAGGCAACAGCAGGGCCUACAGACUCUGUUCUCCAGCCGGAGCUGGGACUGUUCAGGUACUGGGAGGUGGGAUGUGGGUCUGAAGAGCUUGGUUGCAGAAACUUCGGGGUCUACAAACGCAGGCGGGAGCUGAGCCAAAAAAGCUUGUUUGCUGGGAGGUGGGAGAUGCAGUCAGGAGAAACAGCUGUGCCUGCAGAGGCCGCCAUGCGGGAGGUGGAGGCCGGGCCUCCUCAAAUCGGCCUCUCCAGACCCACUUGCAGCCUCCCGGCAUCCUCUCCGGGCCCAGCUCUUCCUCCCGGCUGCGUCUCCAGGCCUGACUCUGGCCUCCCAACAACGUCUUUGGACUCAGCUCCUGCCCAGCUCCCAGCAGGCCCAAGUCGUCGUCAAGUCGGCCUGGAAUUGGGCCCAGAAGAGCAGCAAGUCGGCCUCCCCGGGCCCAGCUCCGUCCUCUCGGCGGCCUCUCCAGGUGCAAAACUUCCUCGAGUCAGCCUCUCCAGGCCCGGCUCCUCCUGCCUCCCAGUGGCCUCUUUCAGCCCAGACCAGCUCAUGGCUCUUGGCGGCCUUCCCAGGCCCCGCUUUUGACUUUUGGUGGCCUCUUCAGGCCCAGAACUUGACCUCCAGUGGGCCUUUGCAGGCCCGGCCUCCUGCCUCUCGAAGGCCUGCACGGGCCCGGACUCACAGCGGACUCACAGCGGACUCUCCAUGCCCAGCUAGCUCUCGCCUCAUUGCGGCCUCCCGAGUCCAAAGCUCCUGCCUCUCGGCCGCUUCGGCAGGCCCAGCUCCCGCCUGCCAGUGGCCUCUUUAGGCCCAGCUCAUUCCUCACAACGGCCUUCCCAGGCCCCGUUUUUCCCUUCUGGCAGCCUCUUGGCCUCUAAUUUGUUUAUCUUUUGUGUAUAAAUCCCAAAAUAUUGAAUUUUGGAAUAUUUCCACCAUUAUGUAAAUAUUUUGGUAGGUGAUUUAUUUGGGGUGAGUUUCUGCACCAAGCCCGAAUUUUUUAUUUUAUUUUCCUUAUUAUUUGGUGUUAAACAGGUUUAAUGACGGUCAUGGCAACUGUUUGGCACAAUGAAAAAUAUCGCCCAUGA